GCAUGCGCAGUCGGUGAAAAGAAUACGACGAAGAUUCAAAGUUUUUGUUCAGUUUUUGUCAUAACACUGAGCAACAGGAAGACUAUGUUCGGCUUUCACAAGUCAAAGAUAUACCGGAGUAAUGACGGCUGUUGCAUCUGCAAGACCAAAUCCUCCAGUUCACGCUUCACAGACAGCAGCCGAUAUGAGGAGACGUUCAGGAUGUGUUUUGGGCUGUCAGAAGAUCGUGUUGGAGACAUUUGCAAUGCAUGUGUGUUACUGGUUAAGAGAUGGAAGAAGCUACCAAAUGGCUCCAAGAAGAACUGGAACCAUGUGGUUGAUGCCAGAGCUGGACCAGGCUUCAAGGUAACAAAACCCAAGAAGAUGAAGAACAGCGAUGGGAAGAAGAAAAGCAAGUUAAAGAAGAUUCAUAAGUUAAAGAGACAAAUAGACUCAGAUGCCCACAGUACAACCUCCAGCGUGUCUCCUGCUCAGUCCCCAAGUUACAGCCAGUCAGAUGAUGGCUCGGACAUCGAAUCAAAACAAAGACGCACAGCUUCCCCACUCUUCUCCUUUUUGGAUCGAUCCUACUGGAAAAGGCAGAAAGUGUGCUGUGGGAUUAUCUACAAGGGGCGGUUUGGAGAAGUGAUUAUUGAUCCUCGACUCUUCAAACCCUGCUGUAGUUCUAAAAAACAGAAGACGCUGGCAUCCACCAAAGUGGCCGCACACCUUCCAGACACGCUUCCUCCACAGCUCCCAGAAGACAUAAAAGAAACAUGGUGACUGCUUUUGUAAAACCCCCCUGUAGGGUUAUCCAUGGCAUCCACCUGGAUUUGUCUCCAGUGGCAGACCUCCCACUUUCUAAUUCGCCCAGUUAUCCCAGUUCAAUGUUUAUUUGAUAUGUCGAAUUCCUUUUCAUAUGGGUAUUUUUUAACUUUUGUAUAGAAUUGAUUUUGUUUUUUAUAUAAAGCAAAAAGAAAAAAAAAUAUUUUGGGCAUUAGUGUUAUUUAUAGGAUGAGGAAUUUUGAUGACACUCCGUUUCUGAGUCUACAUUUUUUACGUUAUUUUGUAAUACGUGAUGUUUUGUAAAUAUUUUGUCGCCUUUUUUAUACAUAUCAGGACUGUUCUUUUUUUUAAAUAUGUUUUCUUUAUUGACCGUCUAAUUGUAAGAGUGCAUCUGAAGACAACAGCUUUUUCUAAUACCAGCUUUUUGCUUGUGUGCGUCGGUGUGUUGGAGUGGUUCUUCGACAUGUCACUGGAUUGCUGUCUUAUCUGUUUGUGCCAUAUUUCACAUUUGAGUCAGUAGAAUUUUCUGGAACACAAAUAGCUUUUGUUUACACAGGAGAUCAUCAGCACAACUGCUUUCUAUGAAUUUAAUGAGCUUUUAUUGUGUGUGUCUGGAUAAGACCCUAUGAUCUCUGACAUUUUUACAGCUUAAGCAUGCAUUAAGUUUGACUCACCCCAUGCAAGCAGUACAUUCCUUUUUUCAGAAUAACAGUGAUUUAUUUAUUUUCUAUGUACAGCCUCCAAUUAAAUCACAAUGCAUGAUGUUUUUUUGUAAAUACACAAUGUUUUGGCAUUUGGUACAUCCAGAUCUUUUACCACUACUUCUGUAAGAAAAAUGUUUUCUGUGUCUAAAAUGUACCAAAACCUUUACAUCCUAGUUAAGCUGUCAAUAAUUCAGCACAUUUUCAUGUCAGAUGUUUUCUGGCUAUUUCUCUCCAGGUGUGCAUAUCUCCAGCCUGUUUAGAAAUAUGUGUAAACUGCAGGGAAAGGUGGCUGCUGUGUCACAGCAACCUUAUCUACUUAAAUGCUGAAGGCAUGCAAUGGUGAGAAGUUGAACAUUUAGAAAACGUAUGACAUGUUUUACGGUUAUCAUGUAUGUUUUUAGUGCAAGUGUUUUUGUGACUGCCAGUGCUGUGAUUUAUCCUCAAAAGCUGUUAAAGUUCAAACUAUGCAGACAUGUUGAAUGUGUGAAGUGCUCUAGGGCUAUCAUUUUGCUAGUAAAGUGAUUGAUCCCUA